AUGAAGACAAUCAAAGGCCUCCCAACCUCCUUUCAUAAAUUCACUCUUGUUUUAGGAGGAUUCGAAGCAGAAGUGUCCAUCAACGUCUUACUACAGCAAUUCCAACUUUUCAAGAUUACCUCGCGAGCACUGCAAGUUAUGGCAUCAAAGUCUGCGACACCAGCUCCACUCGAUCCUAUGGAUUUCUUUCCAUUUCGCGGUCAAUAUGGAGGCUCUUCGGCUGGUGCCUUACUCUUCAUCAGCGUCCGCGCGACACUGCCAUUGCUCUUCUAUUCACUCCUCGCCCCAACAUCAUCGCCCUACUCGAUAUUUUCCAAGGUUCCUUGGGCUUUGCCAUCCAGGGACCCUCCUACAAAUGACGAACUUUACAUCGUUGGUUUACCUGACGGUCUGCUGAGAUCGCUAAAUGAUUGUCUUGGGCUAUCAUCGUAUGGGUCGCUGCUUCUUCUCGGCGUCACGCUACCUUCAUUGUCUUUCACGGCGUACAAUCUGCUUUGGCGUCGCGAACGACUACCUAUGACCGGCCAAGGCGGGUCAGUCCAGAUCACCACGCAAGUCAACCUCAUUGAUGCCGUCCACGCCUUACUGUUCGUCUACUUGGCCGCGAGAAACCCAACUUGGUCGCCACAGCUAUUCAGAUGGACACCGAUCCCCUUUGUUUUCGGAUGGGUCUUGCACGUUCUUGCUGAUCACAGCAAGUAUCUGUUCCGCAAGGACCAGCGCAAUCGUGGCAAGGUCUAUACUGGAGGUGUUUGGGGCCUUGUCAGACAUCCAAAUUUCCUUGGUUUCACAAUCUGGAGGGUAGCUUUUGCGUCCGCGAGUGGAGGCUGGGCGUUCGGAAUGCUGAUGUUGGCGAAUUUUGUGUAUCUAUUCUGGGCUACCUCAGUUUCUAUCCUUGAGGGUUAUAUGGAAGAGAGUUAUGGAAAGGAGUGGGAUAGGGCCAAGCGAGCGGUACCCUACAAGAUGAUCCCGGGUAUUUGCCAUGUUGGAGUUCGGUAUCCAAUACACGAGCGGCGCAUAUCGUCACUUCGGCCCUCGCCAUCCCUGAUAUACUCAAAGACUCACCCAUCUCGUCUUCCCAAUACGCACAGACCUCUCACCACCUCGCCACCUCGGCGAAAAGAAAAAAAACCCGACGAGAUUCCUGAGCCUAUACCACAGAAAGAAAUCACAUUUGAGCAAAACAAGGAACUAGGAGCUUUAGAGAAGCAAGUAGAUGGCUCCAGCGAGGCAAGAAAGACGCCAGAGAGCCCAAGUUCUGGCGCAACCAAUGUCAGCGAUGGAAAAGGUAGUGCUGCUACGGGUAGUGGAGGAGAGUCAGGCUCCGGAAGUGGAGACGGUGGUAAGAAGGGGGGACGUAAAAGUUCAAGUGAGAAAGCAAUACAGAAACCUUCUAUACCCGAAAUCUAUCCCCAGGUCAUGGCCAUCCCAAUAGCAAAACGACCCUUAUUUCCCGGUUUCUACAAGGCUAUUACGGUUCGGGAUCCAAAUGUGACGGCGGCUAUACAAGAAAUGAUGAAGCGUGGUCAACCAUAUGUAGGCGCAUUCUUGUUCAAGGAUGACACCCUCGACAAAGACAUUAUCGAGUCUAUGGAUGACGUGCACGACGUUGGAGUAUUCGCCCAGAUCACAAGCGCGUUUCCAGUCACUGGAGAACACGAAAGCCUAACGGUCGUACUUUACCCGCACCGUAGGAUACGCAUAUCGAAGCUUUUGCCUCCCAAAACUUCCAAUGCUGGACCGACCAUAGUCGAGGCCGAGAAGCCAGAUGAAGAACCUCCCAAACAUCAGCCCUCAAUAGAAAAGUCAGGAGAUGUCGUGGCGAGCUUUGAAGAGCCAAGCACACAGGCACAAGAGAAAGAAACACAGUCAUAUGAGAUUACCUCGUUCCUCCAGGACUAUCCUGUUAGUCUUGUCAAUGUCGAGAAUAUGUUUGAAGAAAAGCAGGAGAAGAACAGCCCUGUCAUGCGAGCCGUGACGAGUGAAAUAGUCAGCGUGUUCAGGGAGGUCGCAAACCUGAAUCACCUUUUUCGAGACCAAAUCUCCACAUUCACGCUCACACAGUCAACUGGCAAUGUACAUGAAGAUCCUGCGAAGCUAGCGGACUUUGCAGCGGCAGUCUCUGCAGGUGAACUUAAAGAGUUACAAGAUGUGCUAGAGACUAUGAAUAUAGAAGAGCGGUUGCAAAAGGCGCUCAUGGUGCUGAAGAAAGAGCUUAUGAAUGCUCAGCUGCAGAGCAAGAUAUCGAAAGAUGUAGAAAGCAAGAUUCAAAAAAGGCAAAGAGAAUACUGGCUGAUGGAACAAAUGAAAGGCAUUCGACGAGAGCUUGGCAUUGAAUCAGAUGGUAAAGACAAGAUGAUCGAAAAGUUUAGGGAAAAGGCGAAUAAGCUGGCAAUGCCUGAAGCCGUCAAGAAAACUUUCGACGAAGAAUUGAACAAGCUUGCGCAUCUUGAGCAGGCUGCAUCUGAAUUCAAUGUGACCAGAAACUACCUCGAUUGGCUCACUCAGAUACCGUGGGGCCAACAAAGUGCCGAGAACUUCGGUAUUCAAAAUGCCAUGACUGUUCUAGAUGAAGAUCAUCACGGGCUGAAGGAUGUCAAAGAUAGGAUAUUGGAAUUCAUUGCCGUAGGAAAACUACGGGGCACGGUUGAGGGCAAAAUCCUGUGCUUUGUUGGACCCCCCGGAGUUGGCAAGACUAGUAUCGGCAAAUCAAUAGCGCGUGCUCUGAACAGGCAGUACUAUCGCUUCAGUGUUGGUGGACUCUCAGACGUUGCGGAGAUCAAGGGCCACCGACGGACGUAUGUCGGCGCGCUUCCUGGUCGUAUCAUCCAAGCGCUCAAAAAAUGCCAGACAGAGAACCCACUUAUUCUCAUCGAUGAGAUUGAUAAGGUCGGUCGUGGACAUCAAGGCGAUCCGUCGUCAGCCCUUCUAGAAUUGCUAGACCCCGAGCAAAACAACUCUUUCCUGGACCACUACAUGGACGUACCUGUAGAUUUGUCAAAAGUUUUGUUCGUUUGCACAGCCAAUAUGACGGACACCAUACCGCGACCACUGUUAGACCGCAUGGAGGUUAUUGAGCUCUCAGGCUACGUUGCGGACGAGAAGAUGGCGAUUGCUGAUCGUUUUCUUGCACCUGCCGCCAAGGAUCUCAGUGGCUUGAAAGACGUGGACGUAAUUCUCAACAAGGGAGCAAUUGAAGAAUUGAUUAACAGAUAUUGUCGCGAAAGCGGUGUGCGCAACCUCAAGAAGCAGAUUGAGAAAGUCUACCGCAAGUCUGCCCUUAACAUCAUCAAAGACGUUGGCGAAGAGGUCUUCAGCGAAGAGAAAGGGUUGACCGAAGAAGGUAAAGCCGCUGCAGAGGAGGCCAAGAAGGACGAUUCGGAUGUCAAAGAUACACCAGCCUCGAUCGACAAGGAAACGACUACGAAUCCCAGAAAACAGCUCAAAGUCCCCGACAGUGUCUCCAUAGCCAUCACGCGAGAGAAUUUGAAAGACUAUGUGGGCCCUCCCAUCUUCACAUCUGAUCGGUUGUACGAGACCACACCGCCUGGUGUUGCUAUGGGAUUGGCGUGGACAUCCAUGGGCGGUGCUGCGUUGUAUGUAGAGUCGAUCCUUGAGACAACACUCUCCGCCUCAUCGCGGCCGGGCCUUGAGCGUACUGGUAACUUGAAAAACGUCAUGAAAGAAUCGACACACAUAGCGUAUUCAUUCGCCAAAGGUCUAAUGGCGGAGAAGUUCUCCGAGAACAAAUUUUUCGAUAAAGCGAAGCUUCACCUACAUUGUCCCGAGGGUGCCGUUCAAAAGGAUGGACCGAGCGCUGGAAUCACGAUGGCAACGAGUCUGAUGUCUUUAGCUCUAGGAAAGAGUCUAGACCCCACUGUGGCGAUGACUGGUGAAUUGACGCUGACUGGCAAGGUCUUGAGAAUUGGAGGUCUUAGGGAGAAGACGGUCGCGGCAAGAAGAGCAGGCGCUGGCACAAUUAUCUUUCCUAAGGAUAACUGGGGAGACUGGUUGGAGUUGCCUGAGAAUAUCAAGGAAGGCAUCACUGGCCACGCCGCGGACUGGUACUCGGACGUCUUUGACCUUGUCUUCCCGGACAUAGAUCCACAACAAGCUAAUAACAUAUGGAAAGAUGCACUAGCAAAGAAGUCCGAGAAGGACAAGGCGGGGGAGGAGAAGGAAGAAGAUGAUUGA